CAGAUCUCUUCCAUCCUUGUGACAGAGCAAGAGUGACACGCUGAAGAGGACACCUCUCUCUCUCUCCCUCUCUCUCUGGGCUUUCCUUAGGUGGAGGAGUCCCUGGAAGCAAUAUACACGAGACUGUACUUGUGCAGAGCAGCUUCCGUGAUAUGUCUAAACACACCUAAGAUAGAAUGAGCGCAGACAGCAUGAGCUUCUCUUCUCAAAGACUGGUCUUGGAAAAUGCUGGGAAAGGAUCGGUCGUUCGAGGAAUCCCAGAUGGCACAUUUGUCGCAUCCAGUGGCGUGCAGGCAGAUGAUAUUGUAGCAGCCACGAUACACCUUGAUCAUCUCAGCCAAAACGAAGUGCAGAACAUCCUGAAAGCGCUGCAGCCGUACGAUAACAACAUGAAAGUGGUGACAAAGAAGGAGCUCAGCACCACCGCCAGCCUCAGCUCGUUGGCAUUGGAUCUUCAAGACCCGUCGGAGAUGAUCAGUGGUGACUUCAACAAGGAGAGUGAAUUCAGUGGUUCAAUGGGCAAUGAUCUUCCCUAUGUAAAUCUCACCAAUCCAUCAGCUGAUGCUGGUGCAGAGUUUGAGUAUGCCUCCCAUGCACAAGUUGGUCCAGGUCCUGAUGGCAUCCUCGCAACCCCCAAUGUGUCCACUCCCCACCUCAACAAUCACAGUGUUUUACUUGAUAUUGACAAACCACAAGUAAAGACAAGUGACCUUCGUUACAGAGCACCGCACUUUACAAUGCCAAAAUUUGAUGCACCUGCGGUCAAAACACCAGAGGUAGGCGGUGACCUAAAUCUUCCUUCUGUGAAUGGAGAAACAAAGGGCCUCAGCCUAUCUUCCCCCAAAUUAGACAUGAAUGGAAAAAAUGUGGAUCUGAAUGGACCAAAAGUGGAUUUAAAUGGUCCCGGAGUUAACAUUGGAAGCUCUAAUGCUGACAUUAGCGUAUCAUCAGAUCCUUUCAAGUGGCCCCACCAAAAGUGGAAGCUGAAGAAGCCCAAACUUCCCACUGCAAAAACCGAUCUGGACUUAGACGCAGGCCUGAGCACACCAGAGGUUGAUUUAUCUGCACCCAAAGUGGAAGGUGGAUUACAUGCACCAUAUAUUGAUGCUAACUUGCCAAAUGCCGACCUUCAUGGCCCUGAUUUAGACAUUCAACAGCCAGAGUUUGAUGGAUUGUCUGGUAAAUUUGUCUGGCCUCAUCAGAAAUGGAAGAAACCGAAAAUAAAAGGCCCAAAGGCAGAUUUGGAUGUAGACACAGGCUUGCAUACACCCGGUUUAGAUCUGUCAAAAGCUGACUUAAAAGGUCCCAGUUUAGAUGUCGAGGCCCCUAAUCUUGGCAUUGAUACUCCAUCUGGGAAAAAAACCUGGCACCUGAAGUUGAAGAAACCCAAAGCACCUGACCUAAAAUUGGACACAGAUGUCAGCACGCCAGAUAUUGGUCUUUCUGUUCCAGGCAUUGAUGGUGAUAUUAAUGCACCAAAUGUUGACAUGAAUUUACCCAAAUCCGAUCUAAACGUUAAUGCACCAGAUACGGGCAUUGAGACUCCGUCGGGUAAAGUCAAGUUCCGAACAUUGAAAAAGCCAAAGUUUCGGUUUGCUGGACCCAAGGUGAAAACUCCAAGUGUUGACCUUGACACUGAUGUGAAAGGCCCUGACCUUAGACUUUCUACUUCACAGGCAUCACUUCAUGGCCCUGAUCUGAAUUUACCCAAAGCUGAUGUUGAUGUUGAAGUGCCUGAUGUAGAUGCAUCUGGAAAGAUCAAAUGGCCCACCCUGAAAAAGCCAAAAUGGUCCAUCUCUAGUCCGAAGGUGAAUGGUCCAGAUUUAGAUGCUCAUGUUUCAACACCUGACCUAAGUCUCUCAGCUCCAAAAAUCGAUGGUGAGCUAAAUGCACCAGACCUAAAACUAAAAACUGCUGAAUUGAAUGGACCCAAGUUAGACAUUGAUGCCACUGCUCCAUCUGGGAAAUUCAAAUGGCUCAAGAAACCCAAAAUUGGUACACUGAAAGGUCUAAAAUCUGACAUUGAUGGUGAUAUCAAGGUGCCAGAUGUGGAUCUCAGGUCACACGAUAUAGAUUUAAAGACACCAAAUAUUGAAGGCCCAGACCUCAAUUUCAGCACGCCAAAUGCUAAUAUCAGAGGCCCUAAUUUAGAUCUCCAAACCCCCACUCCAAAUAUUGAAUCAACGGAUGCCAAACUGAAGCUACCAAAACUUAAAAUGCCCAAAUGGCCAAAAGUCAAGGGCCCCCAGCUUGAUACCGAUUUAAAAGCUCCAAAUAUUGAUGCCAAUGCUGAUGUUCCGAAUCUAGAUGUAAAUGCGUCCAGUGUAAAUCUAAACGCACCUGAUCUGUCCUUGUCAACACCAAAGCUUGGAAGUAGUCUUGAUACACCAGACAUUGAUCUGCAGUCUCCAGUACUUUCAAAUGGGCAUCUCAGGUUUCCUAAACUGAAAUUGCCGACAUUGUCAGGGCUAAAGGCUGAAAAGCCUAAUGUUGAUCUUAAUGCUGAUGUCAAGGGUCCGCAUCUUGAUAUGGCUCCUCUCAAUAUAAAUGCACCUGACUUGAAUCUUUCAACUCCCAACAUUGAUGGUGUUAUUGCUGGUCCAGAUGUAAGUCUGCCUAAAGCAAAUUUAAGUGGCGUACAUUUUGAGCUACCCGAUAAUGACGCAGGCUUACCACGGUUGAAUCUUUCUGGCCCUCAAAUUACAAGAUCAGGCGCUGACAUGAAUCUGGAAGCACCUGAUGUCAGACUCAACAGUCAUGUUCCAGGAGUGGACAUCGGCAUGCCCACUCCAGAAUUUAAAGGCCCGGAGGCACAGUUAAAAUCACCAGUUAUAGGGUUGGAUUCCCAGGUGGAGGACUUUACAUUGCCUCAUUAUAAGCUUCCGAACUUAGAUCUUUCAAGCCCUGGAGUAGAACUACCCAGUGUUCAUCCCUCAGUUCAGACUGGACUGGAUGCCCCCAAAGUCAACAUAGGUACACCUAAAACAGAUGCAGACAUAUCUGUUCCGACAGUAGAUUUAAUUGGUCCAAAUUUAAAAGGUAACAUUAAAGGGCCAGAAGUCGAUGUGGAAUCUCCUGGUCUUGAAAAGCCCAAAUUGCCACAUUUCAAGGUUCCAAAACUAAGUUUCUCAGGAUCAAAAACUAAAACUGUCAGUCCAAGAUUGUCACUUGAUGGCGAAAUCUCACCUCUCACAGUCUCUUCCCCUGAAAUAAGCACCAACAGUCCUGAAAUAGCAAUGAGAGCUGGAGAUGCUGAACUCAAAGGGUCUCCCAAAAGUAAAUUUAAAUGGCCCUUUAAAUGGGGAUUUAAAUCCAACUCAGUGGACACCGAGGAGUACGAAAUCAAUGCUGAAGAGGAUGCUCCCAAAUUCAGAAUACACACCUUGCCCAGACCCUGCAUAGACACGAAAACAGGAACUCCAGAUAUUUUUAACCUGUCCAAAUUUGACAGUGAGGCCAAGGAUUAUGUCGUCAGCAAAGGAAUCCGUUUACCAGUCGUAAAUGCACCAUCAAGAAAUGGAGAAAGGGUUGACAUUAUGGAGCGGUUGAGAAUGGCGAUGGAAAAAGCACCGUCAUCGAACGCUUCGCCAACUGAGGAGAAAAAUGUCAGCCUGAACAUGGCUAAUGCAAAUUUUCAUGCCUCUGGUGAAGCAGGAGACUCCAGUUUCUUUCGAGGAGGGACUUUUAAAGUAGAAAAGCCGGAGUUCCCACUGGGCUCGAUAGAUCACGCAAGUUUCGCCGAUGAAACAGAUGAAAGUAACAAAUUAUCAUUAGGCCUCUCCAAUAUGCUCGGACUUAAUGUCUAGAAGGCCGAUGUUUACUGCUAGGUUGCAUAAAUCUGACCCCAGCCAAGAGAAGGCCAAAUGAAGAGAGCUGUUUCUCUAAGCUAUGUGCAUAUCCCCAUUAUUUAUAUUGAUAUAUAAGGAUUUGUAUCUUUUUUUUUCAAGAUUGAUUUGCAGAUAUGAUGCUUUUCCUUGUGCAUUGCCUUUGUCAACACUAAACUGUUUCAUUUUUAGAUAAGUAACAUAAUUUCCUUGUUAAUGAAGUAACUGUGAAUGAAUGUAAUUGAAAUCUUGCGUUGGAUAAACACACCGGUAUAUUAAAAUACAUAUUCAGUGAUGAUGAAAACAAUCUUGUGUUGUAUCACAAGUUAGCAUGAAGUAGAAGGAUGCAAUGUUAAUGAAAUGAGUUCCUACGGAUUUGGAAUCGGAUCUGCAGGAUUGAAGGUCCGAAAUUCCAAAUCCUGUGGUGAUACAAGUCAUUUUAAAAUGAAAGCUGUGAAAUAAUACCUUUUGAGUAAAGUACAUUUAUUUACAUAUGUACUGAUCGGAUUACACAAACAUAAAUAUCACUUCCGGUGACUACUUUUACAUGGAGUCAAUAUUCGGGUUAAGGUCAAAAUUCCGUUUUCUGAAAAAAAAAAUCGGAAUAAUCCGUUAUCAUUCUUGAGUGAAUUACUCCCGCAUUUGAAAAUCUCGAUUUAACGGUGGCGCACGGACAACGUUGUGGAUGUAAUUUCAGUUUACCGUCAAUAAAACAGAUUAUAUUCAUGUCACUCACCAGAAGAACAAAGCAGUCGUUUUUCUCUUC